UGUAACCAAGCCUUUUACUAGUCAAUAACACUGUAACAAUGUUGCCACGUCACAUGCUCUUCUUCUUCCACGGAAAGAACCUAGGAAAUCAGAAUUCUCCACUUAUUUUUUAUCUUCUUCCACGACAAGCUUAACAGCCACCAUCUGGCUCAUCCAGAGAUAGUGAUCAACCAAAGCGAAACCACGCUACUGUCCUUGCUCAUGUUGUUGCUGUUGAUGAUGGCGCCAUGUUGAAUCGGAGCCCGCGAAUCAUUGUUAAAUUCAUGCUUGUGAUUUUUGUUUGAUGAUGCCGUUGUGGAAAGUGAUUGGGGAUAGAGAUGGAGGUGCUGUUUGAUGAUGCCGUCGUGGAAAGUGUUUGUAUAGGAGAAAAUCGGGUUUGAUGGAGUGUAGUUGGAAUUAGAGUUGUGAUUGAGAUCUGAAGUUAUUUUCUUGAUAUUUCUGAAUCCAUUGUAUUCUCGAGUAAACUUAAAAAUUCUUUCUAAAUUUUGUUUUUAAUUUUAGGGCUAAAACGGAUAUUAAUUAAGCGUGUUAUAAAUUUUAAAGUUGUUUUCUUAUGAUUAUUUAUUUUUUUUAUUAAACGAAAAGAUAGCUCGGUGCGAUUAGCGCCGUCCUUUUUUUAAUCCCACUCUUGUCUCAUAAAACCAAAAGGAGGUUUUUUUUCCAAAUCCGAUUUUGGCAAGGAAAAAAAAAAUAAUCCUCCAAAUCUCCAUAUAAACAAACCCUUCUCUCUGUUUUUUUUCCUGUGUAUACACAGCGUCUUUAGUUUCAAAGUUCAUCACAGGCACCAUGACACCAGUUACCGUAAACAAAGGGCAGGAGAAAUCCUACAAGAAGAGACAAACCACGAUAGAGAAGAAAGCAACAGAGCUCGCAAUUUUGUGCGAUGUUCCUGUUUGUGUUGUUAUUAAAAACAAUACUGACGGCAGGGUUUCAACUGUGCCACAAGAUAGAGGACAGGCGGUCGAUAUUCUCUUCUCUUACAAACGCAAACUACAAGCAGAAUUAGUGACGGGUAAUGCGAAGUCCAAGGUAGUGAAACAGGAUGAAACCUGGGACCCAAGUUUUAAUAACUUACCUGAGGAAAAUUUGAUGGAGUUUAUGAAGGAAUUGGAAGAGAAGUCAAAGAUGGUGGAUGAAGCAAUUAAGAGAAAACAGGAGGUUGCUAGUAAGAAGGGGAGAGGAAAAAGACUUCAUGCUGGUGAUGGGUCGACAGAAGUCGGCAAUAAAAAGGCAAAGGGCAAUAUUGUUCUUGAUUCGAGAACGACCAAUUCUUCGUUUUCUACAGAUUCUGGUUUAGAUUCUUCUGGUUCUAGCACCAGCAGCAAUACUGGUUUUUCUGAUGGAGUUUCAAUUCCAAGGAGAUUAACUGGUGGCACGUUUGCGGGUGAGAUUGACAAUGAUACCGAUAUCGAAGCUUUACCUGCAUCCACAGUGCGGCCUGUAAAGCUGUUUGGGAUUUUUCUCAAUUGAGAUGACUUUCGCCUCUAUUUUUUUGAAAUUCUCUCCGUGUAGUUUUCUAGAAUUUUACCCUUAAUAGUUAUUAAGACAAGAAUAAUUACUGAAUUUCUUGCCAGUUAUGGGUACUUUGCUGCAUGGAUGAUUGUUAGAAUUUGAUUCUUUUUUAAGUGUAA